GUCUCGGUACCCCCCUCCCCACCCCUUUCCCCUAAGCCAGUCUCUGAAAGAAACUUGGCGAAAUUUUUGUCUGUGAUGAAAGCAGUGUUUUGCCUGUCAGACUCUAAACCCUGAGUGGGCUUCAGAAUAUUUCAGUGAGAAACAUGGCUUUGACUACCAAAGAAUUGCAUUCCCUCCUGACCAUACUGAGUGAAGAAACUGUGGAACGUUUGACUUUAGAAGGUAUCACCCUACAACUUCAUCAAGCUGGGUAUGGAAAACAGGAUCAUUACAAAGUGGGAUGUGCACUUGUGCUUCUUCUCCAACAACCAGAUUUACUUCCCAGACCUGCUCAACGCCUAGCUGCUAUAGUUCUACUCUAUGACAUGUACAAAGGAGAACCAAUGGCUCUGAACCCAUUUACUACAGUUUUUGUCCAUCUCCUGCAUCCACCUGAUGAGAUGGGGAAAACAUCAAUGCGUAAAUUAGAAUAUGCUGGAGAAAUGCCCAGAAUCUCAGCUGUUGAGAAGAAUUUUAUUGCUCAGCUUGUUACUAGCACAUCCCGAGAGUUGUUAAAAAAGACUGCUACCCAAGUUUUGAUGAGCGAUCCCUCUUCAUACCAUAAUGUGGACAUUACAUCAGUGCAGCUUGCCCUUGCUGAGAGGCAAUCUGAACUACCUCAUACUGCUAGAGCUGGUGUGCCAAUAGUUCUUCCUGAUAGUGAAAGAAACUCUUUUUCCCCUCCAGAUCCUGCAGUGCCAAGAAAAACUGCAGAGUCUUUACUAACUGGAGAAAAACCGAUUGUGCAGCAGUUCUAUAAACCAGAAUCUUUACGAUUGGUGCCUCCAUUACAUAAGUGUGAAGACGAGAUGGCUUGGCUUAACAUGUCUGAGCCACACAAGCACAAGCCUGCAUAUGACGUCACUCUGUGCGUGUCCAAAAGUUCUGGUGUUGAAGCAAAGAGGCUUAUGGCUAAAGCAUUCAACAACCCUUUAACAACACAACAACAGCAAGAUCUUCUGGGGGAAUUGGAGGCUGAUCCCAGACUUGUAUAUCAUAUUGGUCUCACACCAAUUAAGCUUCCUCACUUGGUAGAAAACAACCCACUGAUAGCCAUAGAAGUUCUUUUAAAGUUAAUGCAGUCAACUCACAUAACAGAAUACUUCAGUGUCCUUGUUAACAUGGAAAUGUCACUUCACUCUAUGGAAGUAGUGAAUAGGUUGACGACCACUGUGGAACUUCCUACGGAAUUUGUCCAUUUAUAUAUAUCAAAUUGUAUAUCCACUUGUGAAACAAUUAAGGAUCGCUACAUGCAAAAUCGCCUUGUGCGGCUUGUGUGUGUAUUCCUCCAGUCACUAAUUCGAAAUAAGAUAAUAAAUGUACAGGAACUGUUCAUUGAAGUUCAGGCAUUCUGCAUUGAGUUCAGCCGUAUAAGAGAAGCUGCUGCUUUAUUCCGCCUGCUGAAGCAGUUGGAGUCAGGGGAGGCAGGUGUAACCAUGGCUAGUGGACCAAGCAAAGGGAAGUCAGAAUCAUAACCAGGGUGGUUUCAAAUUGAGCCCAAAACGGCUCAAUACUUUUAUUGACUUGCAGGUACAUUUGACUUAACUGCUUUCAAGAUUUAAUGUAAGUGGUGAAAGUAAUUUGUAAGAGAAAUUACAUUUCCAAUUAAAUGGUGAUCCUAGGAACACUCCUGUGUGCAGUAAGAUGGGAGAUGAUGUGUUUAUGAUUUCUAUAUGUUGUUUAGAGGAUCAUUACUUGACUGUUUUGUUCUGAAGUCCUAACUUAUUUAUCAAUGUAAUAUCUUCUAUUUUAAAAAAACAAAAACCAUUGAUAUUUCACAGUAUGACUUGUACCUGUAUCAGGAUUAAUGUUAAGUACUAAAUUACUUUGUGACAUUUGUGAACUUAUUGCUCUGAUUUGUUUUUUGUUUCAAUUGUUAAAUAAAUCAAACAGACAAAUUU